GCGCGGAGCCUCCCGGGGGCGGCGGGAGAGCGCUUCCCGGCGAGCUGGGCUCUCCAACUUCCAGGGGGAUUUGCUGUUUUGUAACAUUUCAUUCCAUACAACCACUGGGAAAAAAAAAAAAAAAAAAAAAAAAAAAAAAGUGGCGGCGCCGAACGCGGUCCUCUGACUCCCUUACUCCACCUGGAGCCGGGUUACUUCUGUGCGGACGCAGCGCCCUGGGCAGAGCGAGUUCCUGCGAGAUUCCUUUCCAUCUCAAGGAGAGAAGCCAAGGUAUUUUUAUCCGGUGGAAGAAUGGUGUAGUUUCAUCGUAACCUUCUUACACUUCCAGAUCCGCACUGCGCUGCUGUCCGUCCGCAAGGCUAUGAUGGGAAUGCGUGUGAAACCUUGGAGGGUUCCCCUGACUCGUCGCCUCUGCCCGCAAGUUCAUCCUUUGGAAGUCGGGAAGCCGCGCCCGGUGGUGCCGGACUCGCAGGGGCAAGACGCGGUGUAGACGGAAAUGGAUAGAGCGGCUCCGGGGGCCCCACCCGCGUGCUGCCCGUAGCCUCGUCCAGGGCCGCCCGUGGCCGGCCGGGCGUCCUGGGAUGAUCGUCGCCGGUGCUGCCGCAGGGCCGACUCCGGAGUGAGGAUGGCUCGCCGGGGGCUGCUGGCCUGGGUCUCGCGGGUGGUGGUCUUGCUCGUGCUCCUCUGCUGCGCCGUCUCCGUGCUCUACAUGCUGGCCUGCACCCCGAAGGGCGACGACGAGCAGCGCGGGCUGCCGCGGGCCGGCGGUCCCACCGGGAAGGAGGCGGCCCUGCAGGGCUGGGAGGAGCAGCAGCAGCGCGACUACAUCGGCAGCCUCAAGAGGCAGAUCGCGCAGCUCCAGGAGGAGCUGCAGGAGCGCGGCGAGCAGCUCAGGGUCGCGCAGCGCCUGGCGGGCGCCCCCGGGAGGGCCCAGGCCGACCUGCUGGCCUUCCUGCGCUCGCAGGUGGACCGCGCCGAGGUGCACGCCGGCCUCAAGCAGGCCACCGAGUACGCCGCCGUGCCCUUCGACAGCUUCACCCUGCAGAAGGUGUACCAGCUGGAGACCGGCCUGACCCGCCACCCCGAGGAGAAGCCUGUGCGGAAGGACAAGCGGGACGAGCUGGCGGAGGCCAUCGAGUCGGCCGUGGGGGCCCUCAACAGCCCGUCCGAGGGCAGCCCCUACCAGCGCCCCUACACGGCCGCGGACUUCAUCGAAGGGAUCUACCGCACAGAAAAGGACAAAGGCACUUUGUACGAGCUCACGUUCCGAGGGGACCACAAGCACGAGUUCAGACGCCUGGUCUUGUUCCGGCCGUUUGGCCCCAUCAUGCAGGUGAAGACCGAGGAGCUGAACAUGGCCAGCACACUGGUCAACGUCAUCGUGCCGCUGGCCAGGAGGGUGGACAAGUUCCGCCAGUUCAUGCACAACUUCAGGGAGAUGUGCAUCCAACAGGAUGGGAGAAUUCAUCUCACCGUCGUUUACUUUGGAAAAGAAGAAAUGAACGAGGUCAAAGGAAUCCUUGAAAACACGUCCAAAGCCGCCAACUUCAGGAACUUCACCUUCAUCCAGCUGAACGGAGAGUUCUCUCGAGGGAAGGGACUGGACGUGGGCGCCCGCUUCUGGAAGGGGAGCAACGUGCUGCUGUUCUUCUGCGACGUGGACAUCUACUUCACCUCCGAGUUCCUCAACACGUGCCGGCUGAACGCGCAGCCAGGGAAGAAGGUGUUCUACCCAGUCCUUUUCAGUCAGUACAACCCGGAGAUAAUAUACGGCCACCACGACGCAGUCCCUCCCUUAGAGCAGCAGCUGGUCAUCAAGAAGGAAACCGGAUUCUGGAGAGACUUCGGGUUUGGGAUGACGUGCCAGUACCGGUCGGACUUCAUCAACAUAGGGGGCUUCGACCUGGACAUCAGGGGCUGGGGCGGCGAGGACGUGCACCUGUACCGCAAGUACCUACACAGCAGCCUCCUGGUGGUGCGCGCGCCCGUGCGCGGGCUCUUCCACCUCUGGCACGAGAAGCGCUGCGUGCACGAGCUGACCCCCGAGCAGUACAGGAUGUGCAUGCAGUCCAAGGCCAUGAACGAGGCGUCCCACGGGCAGCUAGGGAUGCUGGUCUUCCGGCAGGAGAUCGAAGCCCACCUCCGCAAACAGAAGCAGAGGACAAGCAGCAAGAAAACAUGAGCCCCCAGGGCGAGCCGUGGGGAGGCGCUGCUUUUUGCCUUUUGCAACCACCGAAGGAGUGGCUGUGAUGAGGAAAAGAUUUCCCUAAAGGGCAAGAAAAGACCUUGACAGAUGAGUCAAACCUACGGUGGGGGAAGAGAGCCCCCCAUUUCUCUCCGCCUGUUUGGCUUGUGCAGCAGGAGCCGGACCGAGCUCGUUCCUCCGCAUUUGAGUGAUUACCGGGGGCGGGAGUCCUCGGUCUGGGAUGCUGACACACCCGGAGACGGGCGCGGGGACCGCGUGGAAUUCAGAGAUGCCCGCGUCGGGGUCCCCGGGCGUGGACUCGGCAAAGCCAAACGGCCCGUGACUGUCGUUACCAUCGCCCCGUCCCCAAGACUAACCCCAAAUAAUCUGCUCAUCUUUUGGGUGGUAGUUUUAACCGUCUCUCUCUGUUAAUUUUAUUUAAAAGUGCACUUUCUUUUUUUUUUUGCUUAUGAGUCAUAUUCUGCUUAUUUAAUUACCAGCUUGCAAGCCUUACUAAGAGAGCCCAAGUUAGCUCCCUUUUUAUAUUUUUUUAAGAGGUUACUUUCAGCUGCAUUAUGAGAACUUGCAGUUCAGAGCAUCAGACUGAUGCCCAUGUCCAAGGACAUGCCACCUGCUGACCCCGCGGGCAGACAGCCUGUCCCGUGUCACAUGGAAGGUGUGGGGCCACCAAGGGACGAGACCCAGAGACACUUUAUCUGAAGAGUAUUUCUGAGGAGGAGCAACUGAACCCCGGAGGGAAAGAAAUACACCUUUUACCUGAACAGAAAUGGAAACCGAUUUGUUCAAAACUCAGAAAACACACUUCCUCCUCAGGAGAACUGGGGACCACUUUCUUACCUGUUGAAAUAAACCAAAGUUGACUGUGUGAACCAAACGAUCUCUUUUCAAAGCAGGGUGCUCUUCCUGGCCUCCGGCUUCCACGAGAAAAAAAUGCAGAAAAACGUGUUUUGUAAAAGAUCACUCCACUUGCCAGCGUCCAGUGGGAGGGAAGGUCCUGCCGUGUGUUCCCCCACCCCCAGCGCGGGGCGGAGUAACUCAAUGAUUUUUUAAAUGAAGCUGGUCUAUUCAGUCACCAAGAUGCUUCUUUUCCUUGCAUUUUAUUACAGUUUCCAACGAUUUAAAAAAAUAAACGCAGUUAACAUUGA